AAUUUCUAUUCCGAUAAAUGCCCCGACAAAUCUCCAAUUCGUUCAUCUUUCUCCCCAUUCGAAGCUUCCGAAGGUCUCGCCGAUGGCGGUUCGAGCGUGCCUCUCCCGCUUCCCCGUCGAUGCGGAGGCCCAGGAGUCGUGCGGGAUACCUUGGGCGCUCACCGUGACGCCGUUCGCGGCGGUGGACGAGCACGGGAACCCGGCGGCGUACGGAUCGGACGGCCACCUCCUCCCCCGCUGCGAGAAUUGCUGGGGCUACUUCAACAGCCACUGCGAGCUCGACCACUGGUCGUGGAGCUGCGCCCUCUGCGGCUCCCUCAACGGCCUCACCUCCGAGGCCAUCGACCGCUACUCCCAGCCCCAGGCCUGCGCGGAGAUGCGCUCUUCCUUCAUCGAUCUCGAGAUCCCAGUUGAGGGAUCUGCGAGUGAUGCGUUGCAGGCGCGUCCAGUCUAUGUUGCGGCUGUGGACUUGUCAUCUUCAGAAGAGUUCUUAGAACUUAUCAAGAGUGCACUUCUAGCAGCUCUUGAAGCUCUUAGUCCAGGGUCAUUAUUUGGGCUUGUCACAUUCAGUCACAAGAUAGGGUUGUAUGAUGUUCAAGGCGCUAUACCAGUUGUUAAGAAUGUUUUUAUCCCUCCUGACUCAGAUGGUGGAUUACCAGUUAACCUUGAAGAUGUGAUGCCACUGCUUUCGUUUUUGGCUCCUGUGGAAAAUUGUAAGGAUCGCAUCGCUGCAGCCCUUGAGACUCUGAAACCUACAACUUCCUGGGAAAGAACCACAGCUGCAGGGCAAGGGUUAGAUGGUGUAUUGCUAGGUGGCCGGGGCUUUGGUGCAGCAAUGGAAGCUCUUAUAAGUUACCUGAGUUCAGAAUAUGGAAAUACAUUUGCACUGGCUAGGGUGUUUGCUUUUCUGUCUGGCCCUCCUGAUUAUGGAGCAGGGCUGUUGGACACAAGAAGGUAUGGGGAGCAGUAUGCUAGCAAAGGAGAGGAUGCGGACCUUGCAUUACUUCCUGAACAGACGCCAUUCUAUAAAGAUCUAGCUGCUGCUGCUGUUCAAGCAGGUGUUUGUGUGGACAUGUUUGCUGUGACCAAUGAAUAUACAGAUUUGGCUUCCCUUAAGUUUUUGAGUAUCGAGAGUGGAGGAUCUUUGUUUUUGUAUGCAAAUACAGAUGAUUCAACACUUCCUCAGGAUAUGUACCGUAUGUUAAGUCGUCCAUAUGCAUUUGGCUGUGUACUGCGAUUAAGAACAUCUUCUGAGUUCAAACCUGGUCAUGCUCAUGGUCAUUUUUUCCCAGAUCCUCAAUAUGAGAAUGUUCAACACAUUAUUUGCUGUGAUUCAUUUGCUACAUAUGCUUAUGACUUUGAGUUUGCAAACCAUGAUGGUUUUUCCAGGCAUACAGACCCUCCUGUUAUACAGAUUGCAUUUAAAUAUACAAUUGUGGUGCCUUGUGAGGAGACAUCAAAUGCUGACUUGAAUUCUGCUACUAGAUUCAGGCAUUCCCUCAAGAGACGAUUGAGGAUUCGAACACUGCAGUACAGCACAGCAAGAGAUAUUAAUGACCUUCAUGAUAGUGUUGAUUCUGAAGUUGUUUUGUCUAUCCUUGUUCACAAGGUAAUGUUAGCUUCCUUGGAGCAAGGUGUGAGGGAAAGCAGAUUGUUGGUCCGUGAUUGGCUAGUCAUUCUCACAGCUCAAUAUAAUGACGCACAUAAACUUGUUCAAUACGAAAAUGCAAGUUCAAUUGCCCAUGUGGAUGUUGGCUUCUCGCAAUGCCCACAAUUGCAGCCCUUACCCCGGCUUGUAUUUGCGUUGCUAAGAAGUCCUCUUCUCCGCUUUCAUGAAGAGGGUGUUCAUCCAGAUUAUCGGAUAUAUUUGCAAUGCCUUUACAGUGCACUGGAGCCCCCGUCCCUUCAGCGUGCUAUAUAUCCAGUUUUGAUGUCAUUCGCCACCCCGGAUAAACAAGCAUACCCACGUCACUCACUGAGUCGCGCUGCUUUGAUAACUAGUGGAAGCCCAAUAUUCUUCCUCGAUGCCUUCACAAAUCUUAUAGUAUAUUAUUCACCCACAGCUGAUGCAUCACUUCCCUACCCACCGCCGCAUGAUUGCCUUCUGCGCAAUACAAUCAAUAGACUAAAGCAAGAGAGAAGCAUCACACCCAAACUGACAUUUAUCCAUGGACAGCAUGAUGAUACAACAGCAUUUGAGAGCUAUCUUAUUGAGGAGCAGGAUGUCGAUGGCACUGGAUUUCCCAGUAUCACGGGCUUUGUCGCCUUCCUUGAAGAAGUCUCGAGAGAUGUAGCUGAGUACCUCAAACGAUAACUGCCGGAUGAAAUAGAAAUUACUGUGGAAUCAAUCUUCUGGUUUUCUAAUAGAAAUCAGAAGAUCUAACAGCCAGAAAAGAUAGCUAUGCACAGAGCUUAACUUGACAUACUCAAUAUGUUACGAACAGGUCCAGUCAUGUUUAAAAGGUAGAUUGAUUAAGACAAAAAAAAAAAAAAAGGCCCAAUCAAUGGAAGUUCGAAAGGUCUUUUUA